AUGGAUCAAGCCCCGUACUCCGUUCAAUCCCUGAGCAGCUGCUCGACCGCGGUGAUUCUCGAGCAUAUUCACCAAGCUCAGGCGAAGCGCCAGACGCUCUGUUCUCAGGCAGCACAGGUGUCCCAUGCGAUUGAGCACUACGAGGGCCUGCGUACAUCGAUCUCAGCCGAGAUCAUCGGAUGUGAUUCAGUCCUGAGCGUCCUCAGACUGAUCAUGGCGGAGAGAUCCAGGCUCUCGUUUAUUCUUAACGACGGUCCUGAACAUGCCACGGCAGUUCAGGAAAGGCCCAAUCCCGGACACGCAACGGCAUCCCAGGAAAACCCCCGUGCCGUGUACGUCUGUUCCCAACACGCAAGGGCAUUCCAGGAACCCCCCGGUCCCGUGUACCUCUGUCCCGAACACGCAAGGGAAGUCGAGGAACCCGCCGGUGACAUGUACGUCUGUCCCGACCGCCGGAUGACAUUCCAGCCACGCCCCCGCGCCGUGUUACCCAGUCCCGGACACGCAACGGCAUCCCAGGAAAGCCCCCGUGCCGUGCGCCUCCCUCCCGAAUACUCAAGGAUACCCCCGGCACCCCCCCGUGCCGUGCGCCUCUGUCCCGAACACGCAGCGGCAUUCCAGGAACCCUCCGGUGCCGUGUAUCUCUGUCACGAACACGCAAGGGCAUUCCAGGAACCCUCCGGUGCCGUGUACCUCUGUCCCGACCACCCAUGGGAAUUCCAGGGACCCCCCCGUGUCGUGUCCCCCAGUCCCGAACACGCAACGGCACCCCAGGAACCCCCCCGUGCCGAACGCGCCACGACAUUCCAGGUGCCUUUAACCCCCAGUCCCGAAUACGUAACGGCAUCCCAGGAAGCCCCCCGUGCCGUGUUCCCCCCCGACCACGAAACGACAUUCCAGGAUCUUUUAUGGCUCACUCCCGAAACCGCCGAGUCCGUUCAGGCACGCCCGAGCCCUGAACUCGGCGAAACUGUUCAGGAACGCCCGGGUCCUGAGCACGGCGAUACUGCUCAGACACGCCCGAGUCCUGGACACGGUGAGGCCGUCCAGAGCCGCUUCAGUCCCAUACUCCCGCGUCCUGAGCACGGCGAGGCUGCUGAGCUUCGCCUGCGUCCCGAACGCGGCGAGGCGAGUCGGAAACGCCCGCAUGCUGAGCAAGGCGAGGCCGUUCUGAGACGCCUAAGCCCAAAACGCCCGCGUCCUGAACAGGCCGAGGCCCUUGAGUUCUGGCGUGUCAGGAACGAGGAGACGCAGUUUUUGGUCGCUUGCCCUUGUUCCCAGCUUUCCAAGCCUCGUUAUAGAUCACUGAAAGAUUUUCGUGGGCAUCUCUUACGGAACAGGCAUAGACAAGCGUGCUUCGAUGCUGACAGGAAGGACCUGGUGAUGUUCAAUGAAGCGGAUAUGGCCACAUUCAUCCUCGUUUUGCGGGAGUCUGUCGAGGAGGGCGAAAGAGAACGUCUUGAACAUCUGGAAGCGGAUGGGGAUCGAGCCUCAUGCACACGUUGCGGUAUGGCCUCGACAGACCUGGAAGAGUUGCUCGUACACAAGUGCGCGAUUAGCCCCUAA